AUGGCCAAUCCUCACAUGACCAUGCCGGAUGGUCAAGUUGUCGACGCUAGCGGUUGCGCUCCUUCUAGAGCCCCCGGCUUCGUCUUAGGACCAACUCACGAUCCCAACACCGCUGUUACAGCUCCCUACCUUGCCCAUGGAAACUACUCUACCUACAUGCCCUACCCGCUCUUCUUCCAAACUCAUGGUCAUGCCGAUACAAUGGCUGGACGCUCUGAUAAUAGCGCUAAGGAUGUUCCGGCUUUGGAAAAUCAUCGAUUCUUGUACCCGACCAACGAGCCCACACCUGCCAUGCCCUUCUUCGGUCCUACUCGGGAUCCGGCUGCACGCGUCUCUGUCUUCGAUCGCUCAAGCUACAUGGCUCCUUCGGCCCAGCAAAUCAUUUCUGGCGGUGCUGUUCAGCAGCCUAAGGGUUUCUACGACAUCUCGAUGCCGUUUGGUCGUGGCCAUCAUGCACUGCUUCGACGGGAGCGCGCCAUCCCGGGUGCUGUCCCUGCCAUCUUCACUCCACAGGAGAGCAUGAAGAAGACCCUGGACCAGAGGCUGGUCAACCACAUCCCUGGCAAUCGCAAUCUCUACUUUUGUGGUCCUUACCCGAUUCCCGAUGACAAGUUUUUUUUGAAGUAUGCCCCGCGCUUUGGCAACGUCGAGACUUCCAAGGCUAUCAUUGAUACUGCCACGGGUGAUUGUUAUAAAUUUGACUUUGCACGAGAGUCUUUUAACUCUAGACUGAAGGCUGAAGGAAAUGACUAUUCUACCAACCUCUACAUCUCUAAUCUCCCUAAGUCAUUGAUCGAAGCCGAACUUGGUGCGGUAUUCCUAGGCUACACGAUCUUGUCUAGUAAGAUUCUCUGUGACUCGAUUGGUAACAGCCGCUGUGUUGGAUUCGCCCGCUUCGAGUCUCGUGAGUUGUGCAACGAGAUCAUCGAAAGAUUCAAUGGAGUCAAACUCGGCUGUGAGGGUCUGCCUAUGCAGAUCCGCUAUGCUGAUACUCAAGCGCAGAAAGAGCUUAAGUGUGCUACUUCGGGUUGUCGACAGUUCAAAACCAAGGGAUAUAAAGUUCGCGCCUAUGGUACCCCGCGUGUUGGUCUGUCUCCCACCAUCUACAACCAGCCCAGGUUCCGACCUGACCAAAAUGGAGCCAUUGUGUUUGGUCCUAGCGGUCCUCCCUUUGGAAACAGUCGUGGUCAGGUACAUGGUGGUAUGGGUGGCAUCACCAUCCUUUCGGUUGCAGGUUCCCCAGUCUCCGCCUACUAG